UGUGACUGGUUUGUUUUGCUUGCUCCAGCUCGCGCUGACAAAAACAGAGGCAGAGGAAGGAAGCGACGACAUCAAACCAGCUAGGAGCUCAUCUCUAUGCGUUGGUGUGUCGCCAAGAAGCUGCCAGCACCGCGGACACGGAUAGUUUAAUACGUUGUUUUUAGCUUUUAUAUCGCUGCUUCGAAACAGACACUACCUCCGCCUUCACCUACUGCCAGCUGACCGACUUUGGUGCAACAUGCCUUCAGAAAAAACCUUCAAACAAAGAAGGACAUUCGAACAGCGAGUAGAAGAUGUCAGACUGAUCCGGGAGCAGCACCCCAACAAGAUACCUGUGAUCAUUGAGAGAUAUAAAGGAGAAAAGCAGCUCCCCGUACUGGACAAGACCAAGUUCCUGGUGCCAGACCAUGUCAACAUGAGUGAACUCAUCAAGAUCAUCAGGAGGCGCCUCCAGCUAAACUCCAACCAGGCUUUCUUCCUGCUGGUUAACGGUCACAGUAUGGUGUCUGUGUCAGCCGCCAUCUCUGAGGUGUAUGAGCGAGAGCGCGACCAAGAUGGCUUCCUCUAUAUGGUAUACGCCUCCCAGGAAACCUUCGGCGCUGCCACGACUGCCCAGUGAACAACCUUCCUUCAUCCCUCAGUUUCUUCUUCCACUGGACCCGGCGACUGGACAGUUGUAGUUUUUAGUUUCCCCGUCCCCCCUUUCAUGUCUCUUGUCACAUUCUUUUGAGUAUUAACUGUAAGAACUAAAACACAGACACAAACUGCUAAAUCUAAACACAGCAUCUGAUCGUCUGUCAGCUCAUUUUGGUCCUGGUUAUUUGUCUGUGUGCCGCCACUCUCAGUCUGUAGCAUAAAGCCGCAAGGGGUGACCAGAAACAGCAGAGUUUAGGUAGAGAGAUCCCCACCCCACCUAAAAUGUAACCGACUCAGGCCAAUAAGAGUCUUUCCUCUCUGGAUAAAUCCUGUCCUCUGGCAUUUACAUGUUGAUGGCAUUUUCAGUUUCCAGUGUUGUGGCUAAACGUCUCCUAGGCUGUAUUUAUGUUAAUGUAUAUAUAAAUUUCAGGUAGUGAUGUUACAUAAAAAGGUGGUGAGGCUCACCACUUAUCUGUGUCUAUAUAUACAUUAGACAAUGAACAAAGCCAGCCUUCUGUUGCAGUUAGAAGAUAAAGCUUGGGGAUUUCUUUUGCCAGAGAGAUUUGAAAAUUAAGAAGAGAAGAUCCUUAAGCAUCACGUGUCGUCACAUUCCCUUCACGGUCUUCCUUCUUUGCCGUUUUUACACCUUGCUGCAUUUUGUAGUCUGAAGCAUCCUCGCUGUAUGAUGUUAGGAAACUGCUUUGCUCUUGAAACAGAUGAUUGUAGUCCACCGAAAAGAGAAAAAGAAAAAAAAAAAAGAUGCCUCGUUUGUUGGUGUACAGAUAUUGUUGACUUUGAAUAUAAAAGGGGUUCCGAUGUGAGUGUAACCAAGUUGAUUUUUGGACACACUAUAAGGAGCGUGGUCUGAUUGCACGAGUGACUGGAGGAUUGAUGGUGUUGCUGGAAGGGAAAAAAAAAUGCAGAACAGGGGAGGAGUUUGCCAUGUCCUCAUCCUUUUUUUCCUCUUUUUUUUUUAAAUUCAUUUUUUUUUUUUUUGCAGAAACAAUGAUUGGAGAGAGCAAAACACAGGCAGGUUCACGAACAUCGUGUCUGGCUGUGGGUUUUUGUUUUUUUUUCCUUUAACCCACAGGGCUGAUUUUUCCCAGAGCUGUCACUGCUGUUCAGUUUCACUUCACUGAAUUACAACAAGCACUGUCACUACAGGGGAAUUUAGGAAUUUACACCUGCCCAGUAGGUUUUUAAAGGGCGGCACUCUUUCACAGAUUUGAGUUUUAGCUGCUUUAUAUCACAGUAUUUUUAUCUUUUUGGUUCCUUUAUUUAAUAGGCUUUGUUUUUUUUGACUGUACGAUGUGUUGCGACUAUUCGCUGUCUGCAGUACAAAUAGUUUAAGCUACUGUGUGUUUGUAACAGAGGGGUGGAGCAUUUGUGUGUGUGGGUGUGUGCAUUGUCCUUUCCGCCUGCUCCUCUGUUUCACACACAUCCACAUACAGCAAUAUCACACAGCCUCCUUUAUGUAUUUAUGUUGGUAUUUUGUAAACAAUAAAAGGAGGGAAAAAAGG